AUGAAAUGCAAUUCAUAAGAUUUAACAUUAAAACUAUUCAAAGAAUCAAUUAUUGACAGAACAGUAGCAUUUAAAGAAAUAUAUAUGGUUGGUAAAUAAAUUGGUACUGGCUCCUAUGCUAGUGUUAGAUUAUGUGCAGAUAAAUUAACACUCAAAUCUUAUGCUCUUAAAAUUUACAAUAAAUCUGCCAUCUCUUCAAGUCGUUAAAAGUCCAUAUUUCGUGAAAUUCGUAUACUUCAAAUGAUCAAACAUUCAAAUAUCAUUUAAAUUUAUAAUGUAAUCGAAACCAAUAAUCAUAUCAAUUUACUCAUAGAAUAUAUUGAUGGAAAAUAAUUAAAUAGUUUAAAAGGAUAUAAUUUAAAAUAAGUUUUAUACUAAAUGGCAUCAGCACUAAAUUAUUUACAUGCUAGAAACAUUACUCAUAGAGAUGUCAAAAUUGAAAACAUUCUUUAUUCGGAUGGAUAAGUUAAAUUAAUUGAUUUUGUUUUUUCUACUCUGUUUUCUAAUUCAAUCAAAAAGAAGAUCUAUUGUGGAACUCCUAGUUAUAUGGCUCCAGAAAUUGUAAAUAAAUAAUAUUACAGUGGGCCCCCUGCUGAUAUUUGGGCUUUUGGAAUUGUGAUCUUUUAUUUAACUCAAGGUUAGUUCCCAUUCAAAGGUUCAAAUGAUAAAGAAUUAUUUCAGUUAAUAAUUUAAUGCAAAAUUAACUUUAAUUCUAUUAACGAUCACUACUUACAAGAUCUAUUAUGCUAAAUGUUAUAAUUUGAUCCUUAAGAUCGCAUCUCUGCAGCUAAAUCCUUUUGCACCCUUGGUUUCUAGAUUAUAAAAAGCCAAUUAGUAAAUCUCAAAAAUCUGGCUGUACUAAAAUUAAUUUACCCAAAUAAAUCAACCCUUAUCAAUAAUAUUAAUCUACAGUUAAGAAAGCUGAUAAAGCCUCAAUAGAAUAUCAAUUAGAUCAUUCCUAAAUCAGAAAGGGCAUAGUUUAAUCAUAUAUGA